AUGGAUGUUGCUUACCAUAACCCGAUUAUCCCAGGAUUUGCUCCUGACCCUUCUAUCUGCCUGAUCGAUGGCAUAUUCUAUCUAGUGAACUCGAGCUUUCAUCUCUAUCCAGGGCUGCCCAUUUAUAUACCAUCCCAACUGUCACUGUCCCGAGCGACCACAUUUAUCGCCCCGUGGGAUGAUGGCACAGCAAUGGUGGCAACCGGCGGCCUAUACGCGCCAACGAUUCGGCAUCACAACGGCAUCACCUACAUCAUUUGCACAAAUGUCAUCCAUGGUACCUCCAAUGUACCGGGAGAUGAGCGAAAUGAACAGUUCAUCAUUCAUACGACUAACAUUCGCUCGGGGAAUUGGUCGGACCCCAUAGUCUUCGGAUUUCCUGGAAUCGACCCGUCUCUGUUGUUUGAUGACGAUGGCCGGGUAUACGUCCAAUUGUGCAAAACUGGACCUGAAUUCCAAAUCUACAACAGCGAAAUCGAUAUCACAACCGGGGCUAGGAUUGUGGAACCCACUCUCAUCUGGAAGGGAUGGAAGAAAGGAUAUACAGAGGGCCCACAUAUAUAUAAAAAGGACGGCUGGUACUACCUUUUAUGUGCUGAAGGUGGCACUUUUCGAUACCACAUGCUGAGCAUAGCCCGAUCAAGAAGCAUAUGGGGUCCAUAUGAGCCCUAUGACAAGAACCCAUUGUACACGGCCAGUGGCACCACUCGAUAUGUUCAAAACACUGGACACGGCGAUCUUUUUCAAGAUAAAAACGGGCAAUGGUGGGUGGUCAUGCUGGGGACUCGCACGAAGGAGGGACGAUCUAUCAUGGGACGGGAGACAUUCUUGACAGCAGUUGAUUGGCCUUACGACGGGUGGCCGAAGAUUGAGCCAAUAUCAUGCGAUGGGAAACUGGGAGAAAAUUAUAAGGUAGAAGAUCAAGACUCACUUGCGGCUCCCCCCUGGGUUUAUUUGAGAGACGCCAAACUAGAUCGAUACCAUAUGCAAGGCAGGCGCAUUACGUUACAAGCGGACCUGGUAGAGUUUACCAGCGCGGACGAGUCAAUUACUUUUGUCGGCCAACGACAACGAAGACUUGAAGGUACUGCCACCGUCACUGUUUACAAACCACAGCAUUCCACCUCAGUUCGAGCAGGGCUGUCUCUGUACAAAGAUGAACACCGAUUCUUGACAAUUGGAUACGACUUCCAUUUGCAACAAAUCACUUUCAAUGGACUGAAUCAAGCCAAGUCAUUCUCGCAAAGUGAAAGCCAAAUGGUGGAUUUCCGAAAUCACAUAUCUUUCAAAAUUGGCUACGCAGAGACUUCUUUACAAUUCUACUUCCGGGUAGAUGAAGAAGACUGGCAUGGUUUAGCAACACUUGACACAGCAAUCCUAACGGAUUUCGACUUCACUGGUCCGAUCAUUGGGAUUUUUGCCAUUGGGGAUGAUGUCGUGGAAUUUGGAGACUUUGAAGUUGAUGUUGUGUAG